AUGUCUGGAAGCAAAGAGUUGGACAGAGGUCCUGGUAGCAUAACUAGCAACAUAUCACACGAAUUUGUUGGCAUUAAAAAUUUGUUAAUUUAUUUUAUUAGUUUAAGCAAGUUAACAUCAUUAGAAUUAAGGGAAAAUUUCUUAAAAGAAUUACCGUUGUCAUUCUCCCAGUUACAUAAUUUAGAAAGGCUCGAUUUAGGUAGCAACGAAUUUGAAGAAUUGCAACCUUUAAUUGGUCAGUUAUCAAGCUUGCAAGAGCUGUGGUUAGGUUGUAAUGAACUCACCACUUUACCACCGGAAAUUCAACAUUUGAAACAGUUGAAUUGUUUAGAUGUUAGCGAAAAUAGAUUGGAGACACUUCCCGAAGAAAUAGGAGGUUUAGAAAAUUUAACAGAUCUUCACUUAUCACAAAAUUGUUUAGAAUUGCUUCCGGAUGGCAUUGGAAAACUUCAAAAACUUACUAUUUUUAAGAUAGAUCAGAAUCGACUAGGAUACUUGAAUCCGUUAAUUGGUAAUGACGUAAACUUACAGGAACUUAUUCUGACGGAAAAUUUGUUGUCUGAGCUACCACCUUCUAUAGGAUAUCUUACGAAUCUGACUAAUCUGAAUGUCGAUCGUAACAGAUUGCUGGAAUUAUCAUUACAGAUAGGAAAUCUCACUAAAUUAAGAGUUCUCUCAUUAAGGGAUAAUUGUCUGAGUUAUUUACCCGAGGAAAUGGGAAAUCUUAAUGAUCUUCGUGUGUUAGAUGUCUCUGGAAACAGGUUACAGUAUUUACCUAUAACAAUUACAGCAUUGAAUUUAAAAGCUAUUUGGUUAGCAGAAAAUCAGGCACAACCCAUGAUAAAAUUUCAGACUGAUGUUGAUGAAAAGAGAGGCUGUAAAAUUUUGACCUGUUUCUUACUACCUCAACAAGCAUAUCUUGUAGAGAGCAUGGAAAAUCACCUAUGGAACAGUGCAGAAAAACUAAAUAGAUUAAGCUGGAGUUUAAAAAGUGAUAAAGAGAAAGUAACGGCAGUGAAAUUUGCAGAAGAAAGUGAUAAUGAAGAAAAAGAGACUCAAUUUAUUCGUCACGACACACCACAUCCAAAAGAACUAAAAUCCAGACACAACAAAUUAUUUGUUCAGAAAGGGAAAAAUAUUGAUGGCCAUGUUCUUAUUCCCGAUGAUGAGAAAGGUAAUAAAUCUGGUGUAUUUCGGCCUCAGAGAUCGAGCAUCGCUUCCGAAAAUGAGGAAUUUUCAGACAAUUUAGAUAAAAGUGUACAAAGUAAUGACGACACUGAAAUUUUAUGUUCUUUUAAUAUGGAAGAACACUUACCUGUUGAAGAUAUUAAAAGAGAAGAGCAUCCAGUUUUUUAUUGCAGAGCCGUUGCUGGUGAAAAUCAAAUUUCUCAAGAAAAAUCUGACUCAUUUUCAAAGGAUGAUGCACAGUAUGGAAAAUUUGAUUUUAAUAUUAAUAAAUGGGCCGAAAGUAAUAAUAAACUCUCUCCUCAAGAAGUAGCACAUCAUUCGAAAAACAGUAGGCUAGACCAACUCGAUACAAGAAAAGAUUACAACAAGGAAACUUCACCACUUAUCUCCCCAGAAAAGAAGGAAAUUGAUGCCAAGAUCUCUGACAAUUUAAAUGAUGGUGAGAAUUUGAACAUCACUGAUUUUGACAGGGAAACAUUAACAUUUGAAAUUGAGAAACACACUAAAGGUCUUGGUCUGAGCAUUGCUGGAGGAAAAGGUACUUCCCCUUACAAGGAUAAUGAUCAGAGUAUAUUUGUGUCUCGUGUUACUGUUGGAGGAGUGGCUGAUCUGGCAGGCAUUAAAGUUGGAGAUAAAAUUGUCGAGGUGGAUGGAAAGUCGAUGGUUCAAGCCAGUCACUACGAAGCAGUGGAGAGAUUGAAAACAAUGGAAAGCCACAUGGUCAUAAAGGUCAGCAGAAAAAUUGAAACCACCACAAAGACAAAAGACCAAGACAUUUCUUCUGUACAUAAAAUAACACUGGAUGAAUCAAAGGAGAACAAUACAACUCAGGUAGAAUGCACGGAAGUGAAGGAGAAUUUCAAGCAAGCGGAAUCAGACGAUCAGAAGUACGAGACCGUAAAGGAGACAAUACACACCACCCUGAUUCGAGAACACAAUGGUUUAGGAUUCAGUAUUGCCGGUGGCCAAGGAAGUUUGCCUUAUAAAGAAGACUGUGAGAAUAUAUACAUAUCGAGAAUAGCAGAUAACGGAGCAGCUUUUAAGGAUGGUAAAUUGAAGGUGGGGGAUCGAGUGGUGUCCAUCAACGGCAUAGACAUGGAAGGUGCUAGACACGAUCAGGCCGUGUCUCUACUGACCGAUUCCGAAAGAUACGUUCAUUUGGUCAUUGAAAGAGAACAGUUGAGACCGAAGAGUUCAAACAUUGUGGAGAAGUCAUCGCCUUUGAUAACACACCGAUUUUCCAAUUUCACCAAUUUCUAUUCGUCCACCUCUUACAUGGCCAACAGACCUUCCUACUUGGGAACUUACAAGAAACUUACACAAGUGUCUGGCACCGACACUAGAUCUUCACCCAAGUUGUCCCACGUUAAUAACGAACAUUCUGCCACGUGCACCACACCACCGGUCGAGAGAACGGAGGAAGAAGUUUCCGCACCUCCCUCCCGACCUUCGAACUCCGUCCAGAGUGCAGACGAAGCGCACGAGAACCGUCCAGUAAAUUCGGUCUCUUCGACGACAGAAAAUGUAAAGAAGACGACGACGGAAGAGAAGGAUGUACAGCAGGUUAAUAUUUCUGGUUUCUCACUUGGUGUUAUGGAUAUAUUAUUAGUUAUAUCAUUCUUUAUCAUUCAGUGCAAAUUUCUAUUGACUACCUUACUCAAUAUAUGUUUCUAUUGACUGUCACUUGUAAAAGAAUUUCAUUUCUCCUUGGUAUGUUGAUCUUUAUUUGCAAAAUAUCGAGACCAAUAAGAGGACACCGAUUUCGACGUGUUUCUUUUAUCAAUUUUUUCCAUCAAAGUAGUUCAAAAAUCGGGUACUUAGACAUUACCGGCAGCUUACUAAGUUGGUUUUAAAUAAUUUUAUUCUUUUACGAAAUGAUUGUUUCUGUACAGGGACUUAAAAAAUAUCUGAAUAAUGUUUUACAGAAUUUGAGAAAAUAAAAAAAUAAUUUUAAAAAA